AUGGUCAAGCAGGUCCCACAUGGAGGAACAUUGGUCGACCAGAUGGUCAAAUCUGACGAAGAAAAGGAGGCUGCCAUUGCCAAGGCCACUGUUGAGCUUCAGGCUACCGAACGUCAAUUGUGCGAUAUGGAACUUAUCAUGAAUGGAGGAUUCUCCCCUUUGACAGGAUUCAUGGAAGAAGCUGACUACCAAUCUGUUGUAGACAAUGUUGCCCUCCCUGAUGGAACAAUUAUGGGCCUUCCCGUGGUUUUUGAUACUGAUGAUGAAGAUCUUCAGCCUGGAACAACCAUUCUCCUGAAACAGGGAGAUCUCCCCAUUGCCACCGUCGAGCUUACCGACAAAUACACCCCCAACAAACCAUACGAAUGCUUGAAGUGCUAUGGAACCAGCGAAAUCGAGCACCCUGGUGCCUUGAUGGUGGCCACAGAACGUGGAAAGUACUACAUGGGAGGAAAGGUCACUGGCCUCAACUUCCCCGUUCGUGAAUUCCCGUGCAAAACCCCCGCCGAAGUCCGUGCUUCUCUUCCUGAUGACAAGGAUGUUGUUGCCUUCCAAUGCCGUAACCCCGUCCACCGUGCCCACUACGAACUUUUUACCCGUGCCUUGGAUGAUCCCCUUGUCGGCGAGGGCGGAAUUGUUCUUGUCCACCCAACUUGCGGACCCACCCAAGCCGAUGAUAUCCCAGGAACUGUCCGAUACAAGACCUACGAAGUCUUGAAGGAAGAAACCGCCAACCCCCGUGUGGAAUGGCAAUACCUUCCAUACUCCAUGCACAUGGCUGGACCCCGCGAAGCCAUCCAACACAUGAUCAUCCGAAAGAACUUUGGAUGCACUCACUUUAUCAUUGGACGUGACAUGGCUGGAUCCAAGUCUUCUGUCACUGGUGAAGAUUACUACGGUGCCUACGAGGCCCAAGACUUUGCCAAGGAACUGUCUGAAAAGUUGGGUGUCACACCCGUCCCCAGUCUCAACUUGGUUUACACCGAGCAAGAGGGAUACACCACUGCUGACUACGCCGAGGAGAAGGGAUUGACCAGUUUGAAGCUUUCGGGAACCAAGUUCCGCAAGAUGCUCCGAGGGGGAGAAGACAUUCCUGAAUGGUUUGCAUUCAAGAGUGUUGUCAGUGUCUUGCGCGAAAACGCCUAA